GUGCACGUGCGUGUGUGCGUGUGCGUGCGUGCGUGUGUGUGUGUGUGUGUGUGUGUGUGUGUGCAGCUAGCGCAUCUGCGGGGCUGCGCGUCUCCUCAGGCCUGGCCCCCUGCGCUUUGCCACCCUGGGCACCCGCUGGUCUCCUGCGCGCAGUGGGCGGUGGCGGCUGCUCCCCCGCCCCCGCGGGCGGUGAGGCUGUGCCCCGUGUGUCACCGCCCACCCCGCCCGCACCCCGCUCUCGGUGCGGUGCGUGACUUAAAAUAGACACUGCUCCUCGCGGGUCUCCGUCUGGUGGCAGCGGUGGCAGGAGGAGCCCGCGCCAGAGAGUCUCCCUGGAGACGGACGCUGGUGCUGCCCACUGUCAGGCCGUGCCCCUGAGCUGCCCGGGGACCUGCCGCCUGCAAGAUGUGCCCUGGAAACUGGCUCUGGGCCUCCAUGACUUUCAUGGCCCGCUUCUCCCGGAGUGGCUCCCGGUCACCCGUCCGCGCACGGGGCGCCCUGGAGGACCUGCCAGCCGUGCAGCACCCCUUCCUCAGCGUCUUUGAGCUGGAGAGGCUGCUCUACACGGGCAAGACAGCCUGCAACCACGCCGACGAGGUCUGGCCAGGCCUCUACCUCGGAGACCAGGACAUAGCGAACAACCGGCGUGAGCUCCGCCGCCUGGGCAUCACGCACGUCCUGAAUGCAUCACACAGCCGGUGGCGAGGCACACCCGAGGCCUAUGAGAGCCUGGGCAUCCGCUACCUGGGCGUUGAGGCCCACGACUCACCAGCCUUUGACAUGAGCAUCCACUUCCAGACGGCAGCCGACUUCAUCCACAGGGCACUGGGCCAGCCGGGAGGUAAGAUCCUGGUGCACUGUGCCGUGGGCGUGAGUCGGUCCGCCACCCUGGUGCUGGCCUACCUCAUGCUUUACCACCAGCUCACCCUGGUGCAGGCCAUCAAGAAGGUCAAGGACCACCGAGGCAUCAUCCCCAACCGUGGCUUCCUGAGGCAGCUUCUGGCCCUGGACCGCAGGCUGCGGCAGGGACUGGAGGCCUGA